AUGGCCGCAGUUCAACUCAAGUUUUCCCUGCGUACCUCUUCCAAUGUCAAGACCGUCCACCUGGUUGGCUCCUGGGACAACUAUGCCCGCCAGCUGCCCCUCUCUGCUAAUGAGAAGCCCGGUUCCUGGGUCGGAAAGUUCCGCUUCCAGACCUCCAUGCUUCAAUUGGGUAGCCGCUACUGGUACUACUACAUCAUGGAUGGGUACCACGUCUCCCACGACCCCGCCGUUGAGUACACCGUCGAGCCCACCACUGGCCGCAAGCUGAACAUCCUCGAUGUUCCCGGUGGCAAGACCAGCUCCCGCAGCGCCGCCAGCGGUCGCCGCUCCUCGACCGUUGCUCAGGGCCGUGGCCUUUCGCCAUCCCGCAUCCAGCACCCCAAGCCCUCCAAGCCCUACGCCUCGCGCUCCCUGCGUGAAGCCGAGUUUGGCGCUCCCACCGUUGACGACAUCACCCGCCGCUUUGCUGGCUCUCGUCUCUCUGACGAUUACGAGUACUCCAGCAGCCCUCCAAGCUCUUCCGGCUCGUCUCUGUCGUCCCGCUCUGGUUCCUCCGGCUCCAGCUCUCCCUCGUCUCUGUCUUCCCUCUCCUCCACCCAGUCUCACUGCUCUUGUGAGCGCUACGGAAUCACCCGCAAGGGCGACCGUGUCAAGCUUGACUGUGGUGGUGACCGCUGCGGUUACUACGAGGAGUCCUCGGAUGACAGCUGCUCCGACAGCGAGGAUGAUGAGGAGUACCGCCAUGCUCGCAGCGCUGCUCGCCGCCAGGGUAUCGUUGUUCGCCGCUAA